AUGGGCGUGUGUCUGUGCAAGGACAAGGUCAACGAAAGCUUCGUCGACGACAGCAGUCGCGAUUCGUACGCCGGCAAUGGCAGUGACACGGGAAGGCUGGCAUUUGGUACUGGGGCUGGAAGCGUUGGUACCGGCGCUGGUGGCCAGAACGGCCAUCACAUCCGCUUCUACUCCCGUUCCGAUCGACAGGCUUCCUUGUCGGACACCGUGGACGAGCUGGUCAAGGAAACGCUCGAAAUCAUCGGCUCGAUAGUGGACAAUGAACCGGAAACGCCUAGCUCGAUGGUACUGCUGCACGAUAUCACAGACAAGCCGUCGGGAUGGAUACAGCUGGUGAAGUCGCUGAUCCGUGUGAUCCCGCUCGACAAUCCGAUGGGCCCGAACGUUAUAACACUGCUGCUCGACGACAGCCCGCUGCCAUCGAAAGAAUCCGUCCUCGAGGUGGCCGACAUGAUAACGCGCUCGAUCCGUCGGACGCCGAAACGUGAGCGUAAUAUGUGCAUCAUCCUUGGAUUUCUGGCGGAACGGCUGGCCGGACCGUGCAGCAUUUCCGCCCUAUCUGAAGUCACGCUUGGUUAUCUCCUCGGGAAUCUGGACGAAGGGAUCCACCCGGACGUGAUGCUGUUUUCGUUGAUUGCGCUGGAGAAGUUCGCACAAACGAGUGAAAAUAAAGGCACUAUAAGGCGAAAGCUGGCCCUCUAUCCGGACAACCCACUUCUACGGCUGGAGCGGCACAUAACGAACAACGAUUACACGCUGCGGCAAGUCGGAUUUUGUGCCCAGUGGUGUUUGGACAACUACUUUCUUAUUGAGGGACGCCAGUACUCCUACGAGGUGGCAGACGUUAGCAACGUGAACGUGAUGCUGAACACCCGCGACGUCAGCGAGUACUUGAAAAUCUCAGCCGACGGUCUCACGGCUCGCUGUGAUGCAUACUCCUUCGAGAGCGUCCGCUGUACGUACCAGGUGAACGCGGGCUGUUGGUACUACGAAGUGUUGAUCAUGACACCCGGCGUGAUGCAGAUCGGGUGGGCGACUAAGGACUCCAACUUCCUCAGCCACGAGGGCUAUGGUAUCGGUGACGAUGCGUACUCGAUCGCGUUCGAUGGGUGUCGGAAGCUGAUCUGGCACAAGGCGAAACCGAUGCAGCACAAUCUGAACGUCUGGUCUGCCGGGUCGAUCCUUGGCUGUCUGUUGGAUCUUGACGCGCGAGAAGUGGUGUUCAGUCUGGACGGUGUCGACGGUGAGGUAUUGAAACAGCUGUUUGAAUCCGCCGCCGAUGGAUUCUUCGCCGCGGCAUCGUUCAUGUCAUUCCAGCAGUGUCGGUUUAACUUUGGCUCCACUGCGUUCGUUUACCCGCCGAAAAAUCGCCCUUUCAAAAGCUUCAACGGUCAUGCUGUCCUGAGCGAGCAGGAUAAGAUCGUUCUACCACGCCAUCUUUUCCUGGAGCAGUUGCGCAAGCUUAGCGUCCGCGAGGAUUCUUGCACGCUGUGCUUCGACAUGAAAGCUACCGUACGGAUAGAACCGUGUCAGCACCGUGGCUUUUGUACGAAUUGUGCCGCCUUGCUGCAGUUUUGUCCGAUGUGCCGGGCGGAGAUUGUGAGCACGGUGCAGGAGGAAGUAGCGCCCGAUGCAGCCACCAGUCCGGUAAAUUCAGAUGUAAAUGAAGUGGAAGAAGGAGAAGGUGCAACUACAAAUAAUGUAGUAGGCGAUCAGAAUAACCUAAAUCAACGGUCAGUAGAACAGUGA